AUGAUCAGCCUCGACAUUGACGCUCUUGAGUGCUCCAUCAGACAUGACGACACAUCGCUCCUCGUUUCGUUUUCCAGACCACCUCAAGACAGCCCAGCCGACUUCCUGCAUGAGGAAUGCGGUGCCGAGAGUGAGGAGGAAGACAUGACCCGAUAUGUCAUGACCGCCCUUCCACUUUCCACCGGCAGCCUUGCAUGCCACAGCUGUGACCUUGUCCGCGACACUGUCGACGCCAAACUCGACCUCCCUUCUAGCGAGCUCGCAGCGACCACCUGUCCAUCGGAAACCUCGAUCGAUCAAAGCAGGACCAAAACACCACUGCGUAACAAGAAACCACAUGCACGUAACAGCAAACCAUCGGAAGAUAGCCCGGGCACGUCGUUCCAGAUUUGCAGUACUGGGAUGGCUGAACACAAAGGCAAAGAAGGCAGCGGUAAUCCAGGCCCAACCUCUCUUGACGAACAAGACGUUGAACAGAUUGGACUUGCGCGCAAAGUAGCUUGGCGAAAAGCUUGGGUCUUGCAGAUGCGAUUGCGUGACGUGAUCGUAGGGAGCAGCGCGUGUCUGGGGUGA